UUUGUGAACUUUCCUUUUUUUUAUGAAAUCAUAUUAUAUAUACAUAUAUAUUUUGUUUUAAAUUAUUUUUUAAACUCUAUAAAUGUUUCCUUUUUAUUUAUAUUGUUAUUUGGAAAAUUUUAAAAAGUAAAUAAUAAUAGUUAAAUGUAUUUUUUUAUUUCAUUAAGGGUAUCAUGACAAUCAACCAUCGUGAGAGUUAAUGUGAGCGCAACACCUAAGAAAAUGACUUCUCAAAUAAUAUUAUAGAGAUAUUUAGCUCUUAAAUGUUCAGAUUUGGCAGUCACAGAAAAGUUUAUUUAGCCUCUUUGGUGAUUCCUGCAUACUCUUAGAAGGUUAAUUAUGAUAAAAGAGUUUUAUUACAAGGAUAUUAGCGUUUAUAGCUUUCCUAGGAAUAUCUUAGUAUUUUCUUAGGGUUUUAAGAAACAAAUUAACUUUCGCUUUUUACUAAAAAAAACUUUGGCCGAUGUCUAAAUUGUGCUUUAGCUAGGGAGCGUUUUCUUAUGUCUGGAAUUAUGAUGACGAAAUUUGUUUGGGUUUUUUUUUGUCAACAAUUUAUUUGCGUAUAAGAGGAGAUAUUAACUGAGAAAGUGUUUUUGUUGUAAAAAAUAAAACAAACGGAGAGAGUGUUUAUAAUAUGGCUUAUCUUAUGGAAUUUCCACGCGCACGAUCUGCCGUCUAGUGGUUGGCGCAACCUAAUCAAUUAUUACUUAAUAGUGUUAAAUCAUAUAACUCAAUUUCAUUACUCUUUCUCUUUUAAAACAGGAUUAUGAUACAAAAACUGUCACGUUCAAUAACCAGGUCUCUGAUUCUCCACUUCACAUCUAUUCUCUCCUUCGCUCAUAAAGCCUUCUCUUUCUGCAAAGUUACUAUCCACGGAACUUGACAACCUAAGCCACAGAAGACUUCGACUCUUAUUUAAAUAAGAACUUAUAAUAAUUAAAUUUUACAAGAAUCGUUUUUAGUGUAGUAAAACUGUAUAAACUACUUAUUAAAAAAAACUGUAUAAACUAGAAGAUAAAAUUAGAGGAAGAGCCUUGGUGUAAUUAAUUACCCAGGCCCUAACCCUAAGGCUCUAUAACUACCAUAUAUAGUAACGACAGUAUCACCACACUUUUUUAUUGUUAGUAUGAUGUAUCAUGUAUGCAUAAAUCUGAUUGAUCAAUUUUUCGAUGUUAUUUAACAUUAAUUUUUUGAUCUUUCAUUAACAAAAACCUUUUAUGCAAUUUAAAAUAUAUCUAAAAACUUAUAAAUCAGUAAAUCAUAUAUACAAAAACGUCUUAAAAAUCAUAAAUAAAGCAGAUAAAACGGAGAGUUUUUAGGUCAUUAAAAUUUACAAGUUUUCAUAUUUUAUGUUGUCACCUUUUAAUAUAUGAUUUUUUUUGUAACUUAAAUUUUUUUGUUAAGAAAGGGCUUAAAAUUUUCUUUUUUUGACAAAUUUUAAAGUUAUACUAUUACAAUCUUAUUCCAUAUGAAAGUGGAAUAGUAGUAUAUAUAUUCCUAUAUAUAUAUAUAUUUCAUUACAACUAAAAAAACAGAAUAAUCCAAAUAUUGUCAUAAUACAUAAACCCAACCAUUUCCUCUCAUCUUCUCUAAUUCACCGUUGAUUAUGUCAAGGUUUGAAUUUACAUGAUCAAAUGACUGACUAGACUGGAACCAUAUGUCUAAGGUCUACUGUAUGCAUGGUUUAGUUUGUAAUGUAUUUUUAAAAAGUUAGGACAAACAUUAUUCAGUCAGCGCAUAUUUGGAAAAUACAGCUGACAAAAUAAUAAUUUCAAAAGUAAUGUAAAAAGUAUAAAUAAAUAACAAUUUACAUGCUUCUAUAUAUUUUCGUGAAGUCUAGGAGUACGUAUCCGAAAUAGAUCAUUUACGAUAUUUAAAAGUUCUAUAGCAUAUAUUCUUUUAAUUAAACCCAUUUCGUUUUUCGACUAUUUGUUAGUUAUGUAAGGUAAAAUAUUGAUUAAUACGUUGUGUCGCUUUACAGAGAUUAUAAGAUAAAAUACAGUUAUUUGUCAUCAAUAGAUUGGAAUAUUCUGAAGAUGUAGUAGAAUAUUAUAGCAAGAUAAUAUUUUUCUACUAAACUAAAACAAGGUCUUUGCUAUAUCAUGGCAGGAUGUCUAUUAAUGGAAGUUUUUGAAGACAUCAUCAUAUGCAGUUUUUGUUGUUAAGGAUCAUAUGUAAUUUAUCAAAUAUGUAUUGUAUUUUGGUAAAUAUAAUUAAUUAACUUUGAAAAAGUUAUGUAUCUAAUUAGUAUUCAACAUUAAACUCAAUGGAUGAGCGCAAUUAGAGAGCAUAUUAUUAAUCCGACCGUAAACAUAAUGUUCCCGAAUGUUUUAAAUAUUAUAUGUAUCGAAAAUUCAAUUUCGGACUGUUCAAUUUGAGUUUCUGCUAAAUAAGUUGGAAGCUUUGGUAAAACGUAAGCCUAAAGCUAACUAAUAUAUAAUCUACUACAGCGUAGUUAAACAAUAUAAUGAGCUUCUCCAAUCUUUUUUUUUGAAAAAAAAAGGGUUAAACCCGGGUCUAUUAAAGACACAGACCUAACCCCCGGGUGGAGGUACAGCCCACGGAUAGACUCUCUCCUGGGCAUUCAAAUGAGCCGAAAGCAAUAGCCCAUAUCCGUGUGGCCAGCGGGGUUCGAACCAGGGUUCGCCGUAUUGGGUUUAAUCCCUCAAGCGCCACUGGACUACCACCACUGGUUAGCUUCUCCAAUCUUGAUCCUACAAUUCUAUUGAAAAUUGACAUACCAUUAUCACAUUGUCAUAUUCGGGUAUACCAUCCAACUAUAUUAUUUUUGCUUACUUAAAUUGAUGUGUUUAAGAACUAUGAAAUAAUUACGAAGUGGAGCAAUAAGAUAAGCGGAAUGCAUCGAGUCAUAACCAAGAAACGACAAAAAUAUGCUUUGAAGACCAAGUUGUAUCGCCCACCAUAAUUAUUAGCUGUCCAUAUCUAAGGGUAUCCUUAUAAAUUAAUUAGAAUGAUGAUUGUCAUUGGUGUUAUAACUUAUCCACUAUUCCUCAUGUUCUCUAUAUAUACAUCCCAACUCCUCUCCCUCAUUCCCUCACUUCUUACAAGGCAUCCAACAAACAAAACUAACCAAUCUUCUAAACUAAGAAUAAUCUCUUAAUUAAGACGCUUAAUUUAAUAACAAAAUUAAAAUGGAAGCCAUGGGAGAAUGGAGCAACAACCUCGGAGGAAUGUACACAUAUGCAACCGAAGAAGCCGAUUUCAUGAACCAGCUCCUCGCCUCCUACGAUCAUCCUGGCACCGGGUCAGCCUCUGGGAUAACCGGUGGAGACCACCACGGCUUGUAUUGGAGCCUUGGUUCUCAUCACAACCACCUUACUCUCAUGCCUGAAGCCAGUAGCUUCUGUUUCUCUGGCGAGAGCAGCAGCUACAGCGUUGGGAACAGUGGAUACUAUGCGGUAGUACCACCCGCGGCUGAAGAGAACAACAAUGUGCCAAUGGAUUUUGGGCUGGAAGAUGCGACCAUCAACACCAACUCUUACCUUGUUGGUGAGGAGACAAGUGAAUGUGACGUGGAGAAAUACUCAUCUGGAAAGACUCUUUUUCCCUUGGAAACCGUUGUUGAGAACCACAAUGAGGAGAAGAGCAUCUUGCAAUCCGAGAUCUCUGUGACUACUACGGAUCAUCAUCAGAAAUCUCUCACCGGUUCCAAGAAGAGAUCACGUGCGACAUCGGCUGAUAAAAACAAGAGAACAAAAGUAAGUAAGAGAGGCCAAAAGAAUAUAGAGAUGAGCGAUGAUACCAACAAUGGCGAAGAAGAUGAAGGAGAGAAGGUGAAGAAAAGAAAGAGUGGGACUAUGAUGAGUAGACAGAACUCGAGCACCACUUUCUGUUCCGAGGAAGAAUCACAAUGCCCUUCUCAGGAUGAUGGAGGAGAAGAGGAAGAAGAUGCCUCCAAGGCCCUCAACCUUAACGGAAAGACCAGGGCCAGUCGCGGUGCUGCCACCGACCCUCAAAGCCUUUACGCAAGGAAAAGAAGAGAAAGGAUAAACGAGAGACUGAGGAUUUUGCAAAAUCUGGUCCCCAAUGGAACAAAGGUUGAUAUCAGUACAAUGCUUGAGGAAGCCGUUCAUUACGUCAAAUUUUUGCAACUCCAAAUUAAGUUAUUAAGCUCUGAUGAUCUAUGGAUGUAUGCGCCGAUUGCUUUUAACGGAAUGGACAUUGGCCUCAACUCGCCGAGAUGAUGCACGGAUCUUGUGAUUUUAAUUGGACUUUUUUCUCAUUAUAUAUAACAAAAAUGUAAUUCUCCAUUUCAUUUUUAAUAUUCUCCGCCUUCGGACGAGUUCGAUUAUAAAUUAUCGUACGAUGUUUAAUAUGAGAGAAAUGGAGUCACAUUCUUUUUUUUUUUCACAUUCCAGUUUUAUUCAAAUUACAGACUGGACUCCAGAUAUUGUGGACUUUUUAUACAGUGGUGCAGCUAGAAUUAGCUAGAGAUAGACAUUCGGUCGGUCACAUACUUCCUAUUGGAAUUAAUAUGUGUAACCUUUAAUACAUGCAGUAAAUUUUCAGUUUUAUUAUUUAAAGUUAAAUUUAUUUGGAAAGAAAAUUGUUGCCACAGAUUAGCUAUAAUAGCCAUAUUAUCACCAGGAGCAUACCUAUUUUACAAAAUUAGUUGUGUUGGCAAAGCCGAAUUAUGUUCAUAAGAUGGAUUGUUGCAAGAGACACAUGGCGAGAUAGCCGCUAUGGAGAUCCUAACUAAGCAGUGGUUUGUUCUCUCGCCAGAUGAAGUAUAGAAUUGUGUGAUCUAAGAUUUCCAUUAUCGUAGGACACCAAGUUUAAUAUGACUAUACAAUGAAGCUCAAAUUCGCGGUAUCCAUCCGGCUGUCUGAGAUCCAUAUCGAGACGUCCCAAGCAUAAUCUUACUCUUACACGUUCGACUUUAACAUCAGGCAUCAGUUUAACUAAACUUCUUCCAAGUUUUCCAGGGUUGAUGAAUGAUCGAGGAACAUCGAAGGAUCAUGAUAAUCAGUUUCAACCAUUUUUACGGUGUUAAGCAUAUAUCACUUAUUUGUUUGCAUGCCCUAUACAAGUAAUUUUAGUGCCAAAUAAAUAUUUUAUAACCGAAAAACUUUAGUCGUCCAAUCCAAAAAAGGAAUAGUUUACAUACAUGAAACUUCGGCCGCUACAAUGUUCAUUCUCACACGUAUUCUUGAAUAAGGCCAGUUCAUGUAUAUAGUUUAUUUACGCUUGAAAUGGAAUAUUUUAGUACUGAUUCUGCGCAUUUGAUUUUCCAGUCUGAUUUUUAUUAAAUAUAAUUGUUCCCAUGCAAUAGCUGUGUUAUACUUAUACACCCAUCGUAUACAUAUUAUUCCCUGACAAGAGUCUGAAUACAUGAUAUCAAAGAAUUAAAUAAGAUUUUAUAUCUCAUAGCUCAAAACAUUUAAAAGUAACUAGAUAGCAUAUCCAUUUUUCCAGCCUCGAAUAUUAUCCACAAUCAGUCUUAUUCAUUGCAAUCAAUAUCAGAUAUUUUAUUUUUCUUAAUAAUAAUUCAUAUAAAAAUUACAGCUAUUUAUUUCUGCCAACGAUUAUAACUAUUUUUACAGCUUGAAAAGUGGAGCAGUAACGAAUUCUUUAUAGCAUCAAACUUCAAUCAGUUUCUUAUUCAUAAUUUUCAUGAUAUCAAAACUAUAAUUCUACAGUUUUAUCCGAUUAGUUUAAAAGUGACUCUGAAACUUUUAUAGCAUCGAAUUUUAAUAAAUGUCUCGUUUAUGAUAAUAUUUAGUCUCGUUGUAUGUUUUAUAAUUUUGUCAACAUAUUCAUGGUAUAUAAAUAUAUAUUUUAUUGUUGAGGUUCUUUUGAUAUUAACAGCUAUAAACAAAUGUUUAAAAAUAAAUUCAAAUGCUAUUUUAAAUACUAUAUUUUACAAUUUAUAUAUAUAUUAUUACAUAUAAGUAGUAGGAACAAGUCAUAUUCUUUUUUCUCAUGUCCUACGCUUUGAUUAUUUAAGAAAGUAAACAGAAACUAUAGAAUUAUAUAAAGAUAACCGAUCAUAUCAUAUAUUCCUGUAGGUUAUAUUAUUUGUUAUUAUUGCAUAAUUUGACAACAAGGCCAUCAAUUGCGACUCUUUCUACCUCUCUAAUUUUCUCUUACCGUUUUUUUAUUUCUUUCAAUUACCAACAUAUUUUUAAAAAAAUUAAAGAAAAUUCAGAAUAAUAAGCUCAGUUUUGAGCACUCCCUAAAAUAUACUCAAUUCGACUUAUAAUUACAAUAAUCAAUCAAAUGGUUUAUUGAAAUGACAGCUACUAAGAAACCCUUCCAGAUUCAAAAGAAUUUGCUAGAUUACAAACACAAUUAUUUAACAUUAUAACCAAAAGAGAUAUAAAUUUGAUGCUUGACCAGACAAAGAUGGAACCAUACCUAAGGUUUCAUUAGAAAAUCCGGGACCGAACUAGUCGUUGGUACCCCUUAGAUGAUUAGUUGGGGGCUUCGAGCCAGACAUCCCAUGUUAGAAUAGAAAGAUAUAUUUAUAUCUAUAUUAUUAUUUAUGAAGUGAUUUUUCUUAUUUAUCAUGUUCUCCAUGAGUUUAGGUAAUUUUGCUUACUUAUCAUGUUUUUAUUAGGUUUUAACUAAAUCAUUGAUUUAUUAUUUGUUAUUAGCUGAGUCAUUAAUAUAUUAAUUUAAAAUUAUCCUUAAUGAAUCUUGUAUAUAAUUAAAAACGAAUGUUAAUAAUAUUAAAUUUCUAUGUUAUAUUAAAAACGAAUUUUAAACAAUAUCUUUACUGAAUUUUAUAUAUAAUUAAAAAUGAAUUUUAUUUUAAUAGUAUAAA